AUGUCGGACAACGAAGGUGGCGGUGCCGCUGCUGAUGUCGACUUCAACGACGAUUUAUUCACCUGCGCAAACUCAGAUGUUGUCACCAAGUACAAGAUUGCUGCCGAUUGCGUGAAUGCUGCACUCACGGAAGUGAUAAAGAUGAUCGUUCCGGGUAAGAAAAUCGUGGACAUUUGCGUCGCCGGUGAUAAGCACUUGGAAACGGAGUGCGCGAAAUAUUACAACAAGAAAGUCGAAGGUGCUAAAGUGGAGAAAGGCGUCGCGAUACCGACGUGCGUUUCUGUAAAUGAACAAGUGUCGUACAACUGCCCAGAGGUGGAGAAUAAAGACGUCCUCGAGGAAGGACAGGCUGUCAAAAUCGAUGUGGGAGCGCACAUCGACGGCUACGUCGCGCACCAAGCGGUUACCAUCGUGUGCCAGAAAGAAGGCGGCAACGAAAAAAUCACCGGGAAACAAGCGGACGUCAUUAAAGCGUGCAUUGUUGCUCAAGAAGUUGCGGGGAGAGUUUUGAGACCGGGUAAGACGACAACGGAUGUUUCGAACGCGAUUACGAAAGUAGCCGAAGAUUUUGGAGUUCACUUGGUCGAAGGCGUGCUUUCGCACAACAUGAAGCGCUUCGCCAUCGACGGCAACAAGGUUGUGUUGCUGAAGAAAACUCCAGAAACGAAAGCAGACGAUCACGAGAUUGCUUUGUAUGACGUUUUCGGCCUCGAUAUUGUGAUGACUACGGGUGAAGGUAAACUCAGCCAAAAGGAUGAAAAAGAGACGCAGGUAUACAAGAGAGCGUUGGAGAAGUCGUACUCUCUUAAAAUGAAAGCGUCUCGCGGCGUGUUCUCCGAUAUUUGCAACAGAUUUCCUUCUUUUCCUUUUGCGGCGAGAUACCUCGAAGGUUUGAGCGCCAAGGCUGGUUUACCCGAGUGCUUGAAACACGAUUUGUUGGUUCCGUACCCGGUGUUGUACGAAAAGACUGGUGAAUACGUGGCGCACGUCAAAACGACCAUCUUAGUCAUGGGUAAAGGGAACGACAGAAUUACGAAAGCGGUUGAAAUGAUGCAACAAGACGUUUCGAGCGAAAAAUCACUCCAAGAUGCGGAAUUAGUCGAAUUAAUCGCGCAGCCGCUGAAACCGCCGGCAAAGCCGAGAAAGAAGAAGUAA